AUGCUGGAGGAGGCACCGGCCGUGGCGCGUGCCCUGCAGAACGAGCUAUCUGGCUGCUCCCACGCAAAGGUGUAUGUGCUGGCAGACACUACAUACAACCCGCUCAGCAUCGACGAGGUUGCGGCGCAGCAUGUCAACGCAGACUGCGUGGUUCAUUUUGGCCACGCAUCUCUCACGCCGGUCACCCGCACGCCGGCGCUCUGCGUCCUGCCCCGCGCGCCACUCGACGUUGCGGCGUGCUGCGGGCACCUCGCCGCGGCGCUGCGGGAGCACGGCAGCGCUGGCGAUGGGGGCGCUGGCGAGGGGGCGGGCAGCAGUGGUGUGGCCGACUGGGCGCUGGUGGUUUAUGACCAGCUGUACGUGCAUGCGGUCGAGCAGCUGAAGGGGCAGCUAUUGGAGGUUUAUCAGGGGCCGCUGAGGGUGGAGUUUGCAGACGUGGCGCCGCUGCUGCUGGACCCACCCAAAGCAUCGACAAGCGGGAUCGCCGUGGCGGGCGAAGGCGGCGGAGGCAGCUGCUGCAGGGGCGCUGGCUGCGGCGGCGCCGGCGCAGUUGCGGGCGCUGAAGGGACCGGCAUAGCAGGUGCAGCGACGGAAGAACCUGGGGCCCAGCACCCGCCCUGCAGCAGCACAGCAGCAGGCGGACGUUGCGAGGCGGCCGCUGGGGCGAUGAGCAGCAGCAGCAGCAGCAGCAGCCGAGAUGCAAACGAUUACGUCGCAGGGGCAGAGGCCAGCAGCAGCAGAGGCAGCGGCAGCAGCAGUAGCAACGGGUAUUCACCGCCGCCACUUGGUGGCCUCAUCUGCGCAGCCGCGUGGGCGGGCAUUGACCCCGCAGACGGCUUCAAGGCCACGGCCGGCCUCAGCGACAGCCUGUCGCGGCUGCUGCGGCGGCGGUACUUUUUAGUUGAGAAGGCGCGGGCCGCGAGCAUCAUCGGGCUGCUGGUGGGGACGCUUGGGGCGGCGGGAUAUCUGGAAGCCCUGGAGGCACUGCGGAAGCUGGCCGGCCAGGCCGGCAAGAAGACGUACACGCUGUUGAUGGGCAAGCCCAGCCCCGCCAAGCUGGCAAACUUCCCCGAGAUCGAGGUGUUUGUGAUGGUGGCGGAGCCCCAGGGGCUGAUCCUGGACUCGAAGGAGUUUUUGGCGCCCAUCAUCACGCCGCACGAGGCGCUGCUCGCGCUUACAGGGCAGCCGCUGGAACUGGGAAGCUACCGGCUCGAUUACGGGGAGCUGUUGAGCUGGCACAGGGGGGCUGGUGGCGACGGCGGUAGCGGCGGCGGCGGCGGCCAGGGGGAGGGACCCGUAGAGGAGGAUGGGGCCGGGGCGGGCGUGUCCGGAGGGGGUGCGCUCGUCGCUUCGGGCGGGCUGCACCUUGGCAGUGCGGCUGCAGCGGGGGACCCACGGCAGCGACAGGUGGUGGCGCGCAGCGCUGCAGAGUAUCUCACGAAGGCGCGGACGUUCCAGGGGCUGGAGACACCGGCGACCGGGGCGGACAUCAAGGCAGCGGAGCUGGCUCUGCCAGGGCGCUCUGGGCGGGCCGCGGGGUAUGUUGAUGAGCCAGGACAUUGA